AUGGACCACAUAGCUGACGAGAAUGGACAACGACUCAAGUUGCGGAUACCAUACACUGCUAAAGGACUACAAUAUGACGGGAAAGGCUGGGGAACUUUCCCGGAACGAGCCGGCUACCCUUGGCUCGUAGGACUUGUGACUGUGCAAGAUAUGAAUGACCAUUUCUCGCAGGAGGCCGAAGCCGAUCUGCAAGCUUUUGCUCAGGCCUGGAUGUAUUUCGGAGUCCUGAAAGAAGUCCUGAAGAACGCUUACCGCGAAGAGGAUUACAUUUUAGCGGGUGAAGACGACGGCACUGCCUUCCUCACUACCAAAGGCACUCGCCAAUGGCAAUACAACGGCGAAGAUUACGGUGGUCCUCUAGAUGUCGGGAAACUCCGUGGCCAGGAAAAGAUUGACCUUGGUCAAGCUGCGACAACCCUGAAGGAGGCGCUCAAGAUGAGUGAGUUGUGGGACAGAUUCGCCAUUGGAAAGCGUCCUCUCUGGGCGGAGCUUUUACUAUCUUUUAAGCUCGUCAUAGAGCUGCUCGCCUGUGUGCCGCUGGGUAUGCCCAGGAAGACUGAGUUUUUGGGGGAUCUGAACCUCACUGCUAAAUCAGGUCCUGCCGCAGACCUUGUCCGUUCCAGUCUGUUGAAAGACAACAAAGUGUGGUGUUGGCAUCAGGUGGACGCUCUUUGCACCACUGUCUCAUACAGCACCCUGGUUUACCUGACUGGUCUAACACGUUGGGAUCGCGGCCUCGACCAUUCGCAAUGCCUGGAAACCAACCAUUGCAUCGCGUACAACAUCGCUGUGGGCGACGACUUUCACACUGCGCAUGUGGAAAAAGAAUGCAAAUGCCAGCAUGUGGAAGCAUCUCGUUCUGAACGUGUACAGAUACUGGAGCGCGGCGGUAUUCCCGUCCUAGAAUGCGAAGAAAGCAAGACGGAGAACCUCCAACUUCGUUUCGUCGCGGCAUCACCGCACGUUGACUACACCGCCAUAUCGCAUCUUUGGGCGGACGGCCUGGGCAAUCCUUUCGGCAACACUCUUCCUCGCUGUCAACUGAUGCGUUUGAUCGAAAUCGUGCGGGCGACGAAUGAGUCCGAGCUUUCAUUCUGGUCUUGGUUCCCACGCACCACUCCAGUACGCAUAUGGCUUGACAUAUACUGCGUUCCCGCACAAGUAUCCUCAACAGAACAGGGCCACGAUCGCCGAUCACCCGAAGAGCAACAGCAGGAUGUGAGACCCAAGCGAAUGGCUAUUGCUCGGAUGGACGUGACGUAUGCUUGGGCAAGUUACGUACUAGCCCUCGAUCAAGAGUUGAUACACAGCAUCGAACGUGGAGGCUCUGAGAGUGCCCAGCAGAGUAAAUCUUCCGCCCGUGAGCAUGAUCCGAAUCGCACAAACAUGAAGACGACAGCAUACAUGGCUAUCAGUGCCUGGAACACCCGCUGCUGGACCUUCCAAGAACACGUUCUCGCACGACGAACAAUACUUCAAGGACUUCACGCUCAGGUGCAAUACUCUGAGACACUGGAAGGCUACCUAACCGAUCGCGGUAUACAGCUCGACUUUCACAGGAUGUUAAGCCGACAAGCCGUCAUCAGCGGAGUACCUUCCUCAGAGCGACUGCUGAGGACACGCACGCUCUGGUUUGCGCUUCUGGUUUCCUGGCUUUUCCUGCUUCGCAGUCGUCGUACCAAACGCAAGACUCCUCUCAAGAUUACUACAACCGACAAUCAGUUCUCCCGAGCCUGGAACUGCUUCUAUGGCCGGACCACCACGCAGUGGGAAGACAUGAUCGUGGUACUGACUAAUCUUAUGGAUCUGAGUGCCGGACAUGUGCUGCAAUUGGGCUCUGGUGCGCAGAUGAAAUCGCUGCUCUCCACGCAGCAGAGCCUGCCGUUGUCAUUGCUGCUGGUGGAAAUGUAA